AUAUGGAUUAUAUCCACAUUAGCAGAGAGCAGUGGAACAUACGGAAGUAGGAGCGGACACAGUGACAGCCUGCCCCGGUCAGUGGAGUUCCUGCGAGUGUUAUUAUGGUGUCAUUAGUACACCAAUGAACUCUUUAUAACUGUUCCCUCAGAGGGAGCCUGAGUGUGCUCCAUUCAGACACAGCGACAGCCCGCUGUGGGACUGACGGAGGUUAUCUCAGCCUGCAGCUUCUCAGUGUGGCUGUGGAGCACCAUGUUAGUGAGGAGCAGGCACGCGCUGCUGAGAGCGUGCACUGCUCUCAGGGCUCGCGCUGUUUGGUACCAGAGCUCACCCUCGACCUCUAGGAAAGGACCCCUGCUGCUGGGGGCCCCUCAGCUCAGACCCCUGAGCUGCACACACACACCCUGCAGGGCUGCUGCUGCUCACACAGUUUCUGUCCAAGGUGCCAACAGUCUGUCACUCAGGAGCCACGCCUGUGGAGAGCUCAGGGCACAUCAUGUGGGGGAGAGCGUCACGCUGUGUGGCUGGGUCCAGUACCUCAGGCAGGACCUGUUUGUCAUCCUGCGAGACUUCAGCGGCCUGGCACAAGUCCUCAUUCCUCAGGAAGAAUCUGCGAGUCAUUUGAGAGCGGGGCUGUGUGAUCUCACAACGGAGUCUGUCGUCAAGGUUACAGGAACAGUCAGACGGCGCCCAGCGGGGCAGGAGAACACGGGCAUGCCGACAGGAGAGAUAGAAGUCCUGGCUGAGAGCGUGGAGGUUUUGAACGUGUGCCGCACGUUGCCUUUUGAAAUGAAAGACUUUGUCAAAAAGUCAGAGUCUUUGCGGAUGAAGUACCGCUACCUGGACCUGAGGUCGUCUGAGAUGCAGAGGAACCUCCGGCUGAGGUCCCAGCUGGUGAUGAGGAUGAGGGAGUUCCUCUGCAACCAGCACGGCUUUGUGGAUGUGGAAACUCCCACCUUGUUUAAGAGAACACCAGGGGGAGCCAAAGAGUUUGUGGUUCCGUCCAGAGAGCCGGGCCGCUUCUACUCCCUGCCCCAGAGUCCUCAGCAGUUCAAACAGCUGCUCAUGGUGGCCGGGGUCGACAGGUACUUCCAGGUUGCUCGCUGCUACCGAGAUGAAGGCUCCAGACCAGACCGGCAGCCGGAGUUCACUCAGGUAGACAUAGAAAUGUCUUUUGUGGAGCAGGCAGGCAUCCUGGCCCUGGUGGAGGGGCUGUUAGCUUACUCCUGGCCUGCAGAGAAAGGUCCCGUCCAGGUUCCUUUCCAAACCAUGACGUAUGAGCAGGCCAUGCGGGACUACGGUGUGGACAAGCCUGACACCAGGUUCUGCAUGAAGCUGAUGGACCUCAGUCCGGUUUUCUCAUCCACUCAAGCAGAGUUCCUCAGAUCAGCUCUCAGCAAACCAGCAGGCUCCGUUCAGGCCAUCUGCGUCCCCAGUGGAGCGAAACUAUUUUCUGCUAAAGAUUUGGAAGAACUGAAACGGACCGCUAGGACUCUGUUUGGACAGGAGCUGAGCGUGGUGCUGGUCAGAGCAGACGGGACGCUGAAGUCUCCUCUGAAGAAGCUGCUGUCUGCCUCGGCCACAGAGGAGCUGCUGCAGGGGAGCGGAGCCCAGCCAGGGGACCUGCUGCUGCUGGCAGCCGGGGCCCUGCACACUGUGCGCCCUCUGCUGGGUAAACUUCGCAUGCAGUGUGCAGAGCUCCUGGAGUCUCGUGGCGUGUCAGUCCGAGACCCCUCAGCAUUCCACUUCCUGUGGGUUGUGGACUUCCCUCUCUUCUUGCCCAAAGAGGAGGAUCCGGAGCAGCUGGAGUCAGCCCAUCAUCCGUUUACUGCUCCGCUGCCAGAGGACACACACCUCCUCUACACAGAGCCACACAAGGUGCGUGGUCAGCACUAUGACCUGGUGUUGAACGGCUGUGAGAUCGGAGGAGGCUCCAUCCGCAUCCACAAGGCCUCAGAGCAGCUUCAUGUCCUGAAAAGUAUCCUCCAGGAGGACCCCAGUCUCCUCUCUCACCUGUUGGAGGCUCUGGACUCAGGAGCACCACCACAUGGAGGCAUUGCUUUGGGUUUGGACCGACUGGUUUCCAUUAUGGUCGGGGCUCACAGCAUCCGUGACGUCAUUGCCUUCCCCAAGUCAUUUCGGGGUCACGACCUGAUGAGCUGCGCCCCUGACUUUGUUUCUGAGGAGGAGCUGAAGUCUUACCACAUCUCUGUCAAUUGGCCAGCAGAGCAAGAAGGAGGGGAAGAGGGGAAGUGAGGAGGUACAGAAGGAAGAGAUAAAGAGACAGAAAACGAAGAGGUUAUGCCCUGCUAGAUCUUUGUAAGCCACAAAACAGAAGAAAGACAUGUGAGGACAACGAGACAGAGAUCAGCAGACAUCCAGCAGGAAGUGUUGAGACUGAAGCCUGUCAAGAGCUCUGCCUGCAGAUGUGAGGAGGAACAGAGAAAAUACUUUGGCUCCACUCUCUACUGUUAUUUUGAAAGAGAAAAGGGGAUUGGAUUGGCCACAGGAUAAAUUAUGAAACAUACUGAGUCAACUGAGAAUAAAAUGUAUUGCCAAGUC